UCUGCCGGUCACUGAAUGAAGCCAGUGACCUGUCAGACUUGACUGAUGGGGACCCCGUGUGUGGGAAAAUCCUGCAGGCAAAGAGUUGGGCUAUUCACAUGCAAAUCGCGGCCUAUAAAUAAGAGGGUCGUGGCGCGCCGAGGACCCUAGAGACGCGCUGAGACUCAGAAGGGACAGAAGCAAACCGGGUUAAACAUGACUGCAUCUUCUGCGGCGCACAACGCGGAGAGACCCCCCAGAGCCAAGGAGGAGAGAAAGCUGAGGAAGCCGCUCAUUGAGAGGAAACGACGUGAGAGAAUAAACAACUGUCUGGAUCAGCUGAAAGAAACUGUGAUCGGAGCCUUCAGGCUGGAUCAAUCCAAACUGGAAAAGGCAGACAUCCUGGAGAUGACGGUGAAACAUUUACAGAACAUCCAGAAUAAUACACUGAAUGACCCAACGUCGGGCCUGGAGGCCCAGCAGAGAUACAGCACAGGCUACAUCCAGUGCAUGCAUGAAGUCCACAACAUGCUCCUCACCUGCGACUGGAUGGACAAAACCCUCGGCUCCCGGCUCCUCAACCACCUUCUCAAGUCCCUUCCCAGAUCCAACCGAGAGCCGAGCCGCCCCACACAGAGGCAGGACGUGUCACUCUUGACCAGCCAAGGUUUCCCUGCCUCACCCCUUCGCAGGGACGCCCCGGCUGGGAGGCAACGUCAGAAAGAAGGUCCACCCGGUCAGGUUGCUGAGCUUCAGGAGAGGCCAGGACUCCACAGCUCACACCUGGGGAUGCUGGAGAUGUGGAGGCCGUGGUGAACUGGUGGAUCGACGAUCUUAGUUGUCCGUUUUGUUAGACCAUCCUCUGUUAUGUAUCUUAUAGAUAUUCAGAAGACAAAGAAGUGGGGCGGUUUUGUUCCAGUGCUUUUAGGUGUGCUAUGAUGAUUCAGACCUUUUCUCAGUACUUCCCUAAAGAAGUGGAUUUCUUGUAGCCUGAAUUAUAGAAGGCUCUUAUUAAUCUUUCCUUAAUUUAUUGUAUUAACAUCUAUUUAUUUCUUAAUAUAUGGCAUGAUUUUGCUUCUUUGACCUCUUGUUCGAUGUUGCAUAGAUUUCUGUUCUCAUUUCUUUACUAUUUAACCUAAGUAUUAAUAUUAAUAAUAAUAAAGACUUUUACUUACUCAAUAAAAACUUAAUCGACU